CCCGGAGGUUUCUAUUUGUUUCGUGGAAACAAUUCAUUCUUAUUGAUAACGUCACCCAUAUCAUUGUUUCUUUUAUCUUCAUCCCUUUCAUAUUGGGUGAUUUUAAUGUCAUAGAUGAGAUUUGUUGAUUUGCUUCUAUUUAAGCCUUAUUUUAUAUUCUAAUUUUCCGAACGCAAGUAGAUAACGUGUUUCGAUUUGGUUCGGUUCAAUUGAGGCUGACGCCUUUGUGUGGAACACCUCGAGUGUAUCGAAUACCUCUGCCUCUCUGCAAACCCUCGAUCUCUUGUCUACAUGUUGUAAUUUCCAGUUUUUGUCUCUUCUUUCUCCUUGUAUUUUUUUUUUUUAGUGCUCUUGGAAUGUUGUUGCGCAGCCGGUUGAGAGAUGAUGCUACUUGCGAGCCAUGGGUUUAUGAUCCCAUGUCUUCCACGGAUGAACUCGGAGGGGAUGCGAAAUCGGCCAUUUUAUAGUAUGAGGUUUGCGAAUGUGGAUGGAGUGUAUCAUGUAGCUGAUGAUUCUGCCACAAGUCAUCGUGUACAAAGGAGGAGGUGUGAUUGCUAUGAUCACUACAAGCAGCUUAUUCCUUACAUGGAGGCUUGGUGUUGGCAAAAGUCUCUUGUACGAAUGAGACACGACUUAGUAGGCCGAGAUGAAGAUCAUUCUGACAUGUUGAUCAUUCUGCAACAUCCUCCAGUAUAUACAUUGGGGACUGGUAGUUUGGAGAAGUAUUUGCAUUUUAAUAUACAAGAUUCUCCCUACGAAAUUUAUCGGACUGAACGUGGUGGAGAGGUCACAUAUCAUGGUCCUGGUCAGCUUGUAAUGUACCCUAUUGUCAAUUUGCGGUAUCACAAGAUGGAUCUACAUUGGUACCUUAGGUCACUUGAGGAAGUGAUUAUCCGAGUCCUUUCAUCAACUUUUGCUAUCAAGGCAUCUAGGAUCAAGGGUUUAACCGGAGUUUGGGUCGGGAAUAAAAAAGUUGCUGCAAUAGGGAUUCGGGUGUCACGGUGGAUAUCGUAUCAUGGAUUGGCAGUGAAUGUUACAACAGACUUAUCUCCAUUUCAGCGCAUUGUUCCAUGCGGCUUACAGGACCGUGAGGUUUGUAGCCUUAAGGAACUACUAGGGAAUUCUUUGAGUGGGAAGAUUGAAGAUUCUGUUUUAAUUGAUACUGCUCAUGAAUCCUUGGUUAAGGAAUUCUCUGAAGUUUUCCAGUUGUCACUUUCCAACAGAUCAAUCUCUUGAUUUCACUUUUCCUGAUGAUAGACAGAAACUAUCAGAGAAAGAAUUUGAGAUGGGGCAGCUCGUCCCAAUAUGUCAUCAGCCUUUUGGUAAUGCAAGGAGCUUAAAUUCAAGCAAAUUCUACUAUAACAGUAGGAGGUAUUUGACAAAAAAAAAGUUUUUUUUUUCAAAAAGCUACCAAUACAUAUUGAAUAUUCUCAUUGUUUUUGACUUGUGCAGAAGAACUUUGGUGAAAGUCCAAGUUUUAUGUUUUUA